CAAUGUACAUCAUUCAUUCAUUAUUUCGAAUCGAAAGGUCGUGUAGGUCAGGCUAAUUUUUAAAUAUUUUUUACUUUAUAACUGAAGAGUUGUAUCAAAAAUAUACCUAAAAAUGUUUUCUCGUACCCUAAAGCCUGUAUCGACUGUGGUCGCCCAGAAUGGCACUAAGAAUUUCUCUACAUCAUGCCAGAGGAAUUUCAAAGUGGUUGUCGCUGGCGCAUCUGGCGGUAUCGGUCAACCUUUGGCCCUACUACUCAAACAGAAUCCCCUGGUGACCCGGCUGGCGUUAUAUGAUAUUGCCCCGGUCACGCCAGGUGUUGCGGUCGACCUUUCUCACAUGAACACCCCAGCCAAGGUCUCAGGUCAUAAGGGUCCAGAAGAACUCUCAGCUGCCAUUAAAGAUGCCGAUGUGGUGGUCAUCCCGGCCGGCGUGCCCCGCAAACCUGGCAUGACACGUGACGAUUUGUUCAACACGAACGCGUCUAUCGUUCGGGACCUGGCCGUCUCCAUCGCACAGAAUGCGCCCAAAGCUAUCCUGGCCAUCAUUACGAACCCUGUCAAUUCAAUGGUGCCAAUUGCAUCCGAGGUCUUGAAGAAGGCUGGAGUGUACGACCCUCGCCGCGUGCUCGGAGUGACGACCCUCGACGUGGUCCGCGCGGCCGCCUUCAUCGGGGAAAUCAACGGCGUGGACCCUCGCUCUGUUACCAUACCGGUCAUCGGUGGACACUCCGGAGUGACCAUUAUCCCCUUGCUGAGUCAGAGCCAACCGGCUGUAAAGCUCACCGACCAAGCCAAGAUCAAGGCUCUGACGGAGAGGAUACAGGAGGCCGGCACUGAGGUGGUCAAAGCGAAGGCCGGUGGUGGUUCCGCCACCCUCUCCAUGGCGUUUGCUGGCGCUCGUCUCGCUGACGCCGUCCUCAGGGGAUUGAAGGGAGAUUCCAACGUCGUGGAGUGCGCCUACAUCAAGUCUGACCUCACGGAGGCGGCUUACUUCGCGAACCCUGUCGUGCUGGGGAAGAACGGAGUGGAGAAGAACCUCGGCUACGGCCAGCUGAACGAGUUCGAGCAGCAGCUCCUCAAGGCCGCCAUCCCUGAACUCCUCAAGAACAUUAAGACUGGUGAAGACUUUGUUAAGAAGUAAAUGUCAUAUCUUCGUAGCCAGGCCAGUUGUGGACUUGUGCGGUAGAGGGCGCUGCUUGUCAAUAGUGGAUAACAAUUAUUUUAAAAACCAAGAUGUCGCUAUACGGUAUACAAUGAUUAUUAGUGAAAUAUAUACAAAAACAAAAAUAUUAUUUUAUAUGACGAUAUGAGGUGGAGUCUUUAAAAUAUUAAAAACGUAUUUCGAUAUAUUUUAUGAUUGAAAUGAUUUCGAAGUAAGCACAAGCUCUUUUGUAUUCUACUAUCUCUUAUUUUAGUAUUCUACUAUUUCUUAUUUUCGUAUUCUACUAUUUAUACGCUAAUAGUCAAUCGUGAUAUCAGUGAGCAAAGACAAUUGUUUAUAUCAAGUAGCGCCCUCUAUAAUUUAUCAUGUAGUUAAUUUUACAACUUGGCCGAUAGGUGGCGAUGGUACAUAAGUGUAACUUAAUACUCUAGCAAUUAAUUGUAACUUGUAGUAAAUAUUUAACUGUAACACACUUUUAGAUGUUUUAUUAUUUAUAUUACCCAUGUCUGUAUUAUUUAUUUGUACACAAUUUAUGUAUAUAUUUUUUAUUUAAACUUUAAUUUAAAUGGAAUUAUUGUAAAGCCUGGUAAUAGAAGUGAUUUGCCGGACCCAAUCGCCUUUUUACUGUGUAAAAAAGCAUGGGAAAUUAAAUGCUUUUGUUUUAAUAAAAUGUUGGGUCUGCUAAGAGGUGCCUUUGCCAUACACAUAAAAAUUUCUUUGGACGUUUUUCAAUUGGAUACUUGUACCAAUGUUGCCACCAGAUGACGAAUGUAAAUAAAUGAUGUUUUGUUACGCGUGUACGAAUGAUGGUAAUAAAUUGUUACUACUA